AUGGCGUCCAUGUCGUCUGCCGGGGCUUCCCUCGCCUAUCGAGCGAGCCGCUAUUGCACGGGCCCCAACUCUCGUUCGGUGUCGACCCUCGUUGCCGCCGGUACUGCAUCGUCUGCUAGCUUGACUCAGUCGGCUCUGCGCCGCUCUUCUCGAUUCUUCUCUAACUCUCUCUGCCAAACCGCCACUGUCGCUGCUUCCCCCUUGUCCCGGAACCUCAACAGAGUGCUCGCCACGACUGCAUGCUCAAACGCACUCAAGAAUGCACAGGCCGCCGGCGUCCUGUCGUCUUUCUCCCGUCACCUCAGCACGUCUGCUCCCCGCAUGAACGGCAAGGCGCGCGGAGAUGUGGUUGGUAUCGAUCUGGGAACGACCAACUCGUGCGUGGCGGUGAUGGAAGGCUCGCAGCCGAAGGUUAUUGAGAACUCCGAGGGCAUGCGCACGACUCCGUCGAUCGUGGCCUUCACGUCUGACGGCCAGCGCCUGGUGGGUAUCGUGGCGAAACGCCAGGCUGUGACGAACCCGGAGAAUACUGUCUUCGCGACUAAGCGUCUGAUUGGGCGCCGCUACGAGGAGGAUGCAAUCAAGAAGGAGAAGCAGAUCCUGCCCUAUAAGAUCGUCCGCGCGAGCAACGGCGACGCGUGGGUCGAGGCGCAGGGGAAGCCUUACUCGCCCAGCCAAAUCAGCGCCUUCAUCCUCACCAAGAUGAAGGAAACUGCGGAGGCCUACAUCGGCAGACCUGUCCGCCAGGCUGUCAUCACCGUCCCUGCGUAUUUCAACGACUCGCAGCGACAGGCUACGAAGGACGCCGGAAAGAUCGCGGGUUUGGAGGUUCUGCGUAUCAUCAACGAGCCGACGGCCGCUGCGCUGGCGUUCGGCAUGGACAAGGACGACGGCAAGACGAUUGCGGUCUACGAUCUCGGCGGCGGCACGUUCGAUAUUUCGAUUCUGGAGAUCCUCGGCGGUGUGUUUGAGGUCAAGGCGACGAACGGCAACACGUCGUUGGGAGGCGAGGAUUUCGACCAGAAGAUUCUGCAACACUUGAUCGAGGAGUUCAAGAAGGCGCAGGGCAUCGACUUGACUAACGACAAGCUCGCGCUGCAGCGUCUGCGCGAGGCGGCGGAGACUGCCAAGAUCGAGUUGUCUAGCAAGGUGCAGACGGAGGUCAACUUGCCCUUCAUCACCGCCGACCAGACCGGGCCCAAGCAUCUGCAAGUGAAGCUGACGCGCGCGAAGCUCGAGGAGCUCGUGGGAGGUCUGCUGCAGCAGUCGGUGGAGCCUUGCGAGAAGUGCAUCAAGGACGCGGGCAUCUCCAAGACUGACCUCUCUGACGUCAUCCUCGUCGGAGGCAUGACGCGCAUGCCCAAGGUCACGGAGCUUGUCAAGCAGAUCUUCGGCAAGGAACCUAGCAAGGGCGUCAACCCCGACGAGGCCGUCGCCAUGGGCGCCGCCAUCCAGGCCGGCGUCCUCAAGGGCGAGAUCAAGGAUCUGCUUCUCCUCGACGUCUGCCCCCUGUCGCUUGGUAUCGAAACCCUCGGCGGCGUCUUCACGCGCCUGAUCAAUAGAAACACCACGAUCCCCACCAAGAAGAGCCAGGUCUUCUCGACCGCCGCCGACAACCAGACUCAGGUCGGCAUCAAGGUGUAUCAGGGCGAGCGCGAGAUGGCGGCCGCGAACAAGAUGCUGGGUCAGUUCGACCUCGUGGGCAUCCCGCCUGCUCCGCGCGGCGUGCCGCAGAUUGAAGUCACCUUCGACGUCGAUGCGAACGGCAUCAUGAACAUCAGCGCCGUGGACAAAAGCACUGGCAAGCGCCAGGAGAUCACCAUUCAGUCCAGCGGCGGGCUGUCUGACGCGCAGAUUGAGCAGAUGGUGAAGGACGCCGAGCUCUACAAGGAGCAGGACGAGAAGAAGAAGGACGCAGUCCAGGCGAAGAACGAGGCCGAGACGCUCAUCUACUCCGUUGAGAAGCAGAUGACCGACCUCAAGGAAAAGAUGACCGACGCGGACAGAACCGACCUUCAGGAGAAAAUUGCGAAGCUGCGCUCCAACCUCGGCCAGGAGGACCCUGAGCCGAUCCGCGAGGCGCUGAAGAGCUUGCAGGAGGCCUCCUGGAAGGUGUCUCAGCAGGCGUACAACCAGGCUGGAUCGAGUGACUCGAGCAGCACUAACGUCGGCGAGAGCAGCGGCAGCGAGAGCGGCGACAAGAAGAGCCACCCAGUGGCCGCGGCGAAGCGCGUGCCUUGCGCAGCGGAGAGCCUUGCGACCAGCGCAGCCGACACGUUUCUUGACGCGGUACGCCGCGCGGUUCGCACCGGCGUCUGUGUUGUGGCGCUUCCUGCGGACGCUGAGCCGAAGGGCGAGCGCGAGAUUGCGAGUCGUGCGGUGGGUGGCGGGGGAUGGAAAGAAUCCGCGAAGAAAGAACUGUACGCUGCCUGGUUUGAGAAACGUCCUCCUGUCUACGCCACCCUUCCGCUACUGAGUCAGCAGCAAGGCGGCGUGACUGCGCGCGCCGCAACCAGGCACCGCGACUUCUCGAAUCCGCGGAGUACUUCGGCUCGUGCGUGUCUCGUUACGCGCUCCGAUGAGCCGCACAUGUCUCCCAGGCGCAAGGUUUCGAAAGCCUCUGCGGCUCUACCCAGUGUAUCGCGCGGUGUAAGUUUUUCGCGGGAGUCGUCCUGCGAACUGCAGCGCGGUCUGGAUGCAGGCACGCAGAGGCUUCGGCAGCCUGAAGGCGGGGCUGGCCUUCCGCCUCGGCUCCCGCACCGGGUCAUUCUCACCUCUUUCUUCCUGGGCCUGAGCCACGCGAGUCCCUCGAGGAUGGAGAGGCCUCCAGACAUCGAGUUGCGGCUGGCGACACGCGCUCGCCGACCUCGAAAUUGCUCGCAACUCCUACGUCUACUCUUCGUUCUAGCGAUCGCGCUUUUCGCUUCAGCCGCGUCGACCGACCCGAGAGACGCCUCCAUCUUCCUGCCUCUUCGCUUCCCCUGGUCAAGAUUUCUCUUCGCUGUCGCAGAAUCCCCCGCCAGUGACCCCCAAGAGCCCGGCCGCAUCGGGCCGCCAGCCUCUCCACGGAGCCCGGAAGACGCGGCCGCCGGCGCGGAGCCUGGGCCGCGCUCGUCGGGCGCGGGGGGCGACUCAGGGGGCGCGUCGGUCGCGUCUCCGGCAGCGAGCAGCUGGCCGGGGACGGAUAACCCGUUGUACCACAGUAUGUGCGAGGCGAUCAAGGCGCAUCCCAAGGUGGCGCGGCAGUUUUUUCUCCUCGUUCUGCUGCUUGCGCAGUUCCCCGAGGAUGCGGACGGCGUCGCGCUAGGCCGCAGCUGGGACGAGCGCGUGCGGUUCAGCGACGCGACGCGCCUGCUCCACAGACUCAUUGCCGACGCCCACGCGCAACUCCCCGCGCAAGGCCCGCGAUACCUCUGGCAAAACGUGGAGCCCUGCGACCUCAACCGGGUCGCCAGAAUCCAGCUGACGCUGGCUGGCGUGCGAAUCGUGGAGAUGAUUCAGGCCUCGCGCAGCGUUCUUGAGCUUGCGCUGCGCGCGGCGAAAAGAGAGCCCGACCCUCGAAGUGCCUCGCUGCAGGCUGCCGACAGGGAACAGGACCCAGAGGCGGCUGAAGACGAAGAAGAAUUCCGGCGCGCGCCUGAGAAACGCCAGCGGCGGACUGUGCGGGAGCUGAAGAAGGCACAGGACGAGGAGAAGACCGACGCACCCGCGGGCGCGGGGGAGGACGAAGAGGAGGCUGAGGCAGACGGAGGCCGGGAGGAAGAAGAAGCGCGCGGGUCGGCCGCGUGGGGGCGCGAGCGGGAGCCGGCGGCGCAGCCAGGCAGAAGUGGGAGGCGGCGCGCGAAGGCGAGACAAACUUUGGAAGCGGCGAAGGGCAGCGGCACGCGCGACAGGCUGCAGCUCGACCCUCUGCAGCACGAGCUGCUCAGUCUGGUGGGAGGGGAUCGGAUCGUCUUUCGAGAAUUCGUCAAGGGCCUGAUGGAGCACCAGCCUGUCGACUCGCCCCUGUGGAGCACGAAGGAAAUUCUGCAACUCGCCAGCAUCACCCGGCUGCCGCUACGCGCGGGAGCGCCUCUCGCCGAACUCAUAAACCAGGCGGCCUCCAUCUGGGCCUCGUACUUCGUCGUCCACGAACUCCAGAGCGGCUACGUGAUGGAGAUGCUGCUAGAGGACUGGAUGGACCGGAUGGCGACGCCGAUGAUGCGCUCGUACCACAGAGCGCUGUCGCUGGUUGCGGGGGCAAUUCGGGAGCCAGUCAUGGAUGAGCCGGUGUGCGGUCACAUGUUUCUGCUGCUGGACGGAUUCCGGACUUCGCCAGUCUCGGCGCUCUUCACAGAGAACUCGACGGCGCAGGAGCUGGAGCAGUUCCGCGAGCAGCUGCAGCGUGUCCUGGAGGACGAGCUAGAGAAGGCCGUUCAGCGACUCGGCGAGGACUUGCGCCUCGCCGACAGGAGCGGCGCGGUCGCGGCCGCGGCUGCCUCCGCCUCCGCCGGCGUUCCGAUCCCGGCAGGCGGCGCAGAGGCGGAGGCGGAGACGAAGCCUCAGCAGCAGCCUGCCCGCGCCGCGCCGGCAGCCCCCGAGGGGGGAGCUUCUGCCGCCGCUUCCACGCUGCACUCGCCGCUGGGCUGGUCGUCGGGGGAGGUUCGCCCGGUGACGAAGAAGCAGCUGCCCAUCACGCGUCUGGCGGGUUACGCCGUGAAGCUGGGGACGGGGAUUUUCCAGGCGGGCGUGCUGGGCGAGGGCAACUCGUACGAGGCGAAUCAGCGGCUGCUGCAGGCCAUGACCAACGACAGCUUGCUGGUGGAGAUCCAGUUCUUCGACGUCGGGCACGUGACGCUGGAGAACCCCGCGAGCCCCCUCGUCUCGCUGCCCGAUCAAACGAACGUCGACAUACCCGCCAGUGAGCUCGUGGACAUGCGUAACCUGGGCAAGGGCUUGACGGACGACGCCGAGCGCGACGAGGCAGCCAACAUCUCGCGGAGCCCCGAGGGCGUCUUUGCACGCCGCGACUGGACGACAGGCAACCCCGAGGCCGGAGUCCCGGUCGUCACAGCCAUGCAGGCGCUGAAACGGCACAUCAACGGCGACAAAGGCGCCCACGGCAUCUGGUUUUUCCGCCGCUCGCUGGUUAUCUACUCGACGCUCGAGGGAACCGACGUGACUGACCCCUUCAGCGGCCAGUUCGGCCUCUCGCCCUCGACCGACUACGAUAUCCACUUCUUCGUCUACGUGCCAAUUUCCGACUACUCCUCGAACGUGAGUGAGAAGCUCCGCAAGUCCUUCCUCCUCAUGGCGCAGGCGCCGACAGGCGGAGGCAGCGGCGGCUGGGGGCUCAAGGGCAUCGACCCCCUCGUGGACGACUCCCGGAUCAAAGACUUGGGCACCGCCAAACUCACCGAAGACCGUCAGGCGCUCAAACUCAAAACUUUCGGCAUCGAACUCGAUGACAACCAACGCACCAACGUGCAAAAGUUCAUUCAGAAAGACAUGGUUCUGAUUCACUACAAGAUCAAGGGCCUGGCGACCAUGCGGUCUGCGCUGCCCCCCGGCGAAGAGUGGCGGGUUAUGCGAGCCGAGCGGAUUUUCGGGCGCAUCCUCAAGCAAUGCAGGAACCUCCUCGAAGUCCCCUAUGCAGUCGUUGUCAAGAAACAACCUCGAGGGGAGACGCGUCAGAUGAAGAAGACGUCGGAGGUCGAGGGCGGUUUGCCGGUGUGGGUGUUGGCGAUCGCUGUGGUGUGCACAGCGUUGCCGCUGAUUAUUUUCAUGUGUUGUCUGCAGUUUCACAAGCGGCUGCCGCUGCCUUGGUGGGUGAGCUGCAUCUGUUCCUCGCGGCCGCCCUGCGCGGCGGCGCCAGGGGAUGGGGCGGAGGAGGAGCCGGACGUGCAGAGUGUGGUGAACAGCCCGUGCCUCACGCAGGCCGAGACCAGUUUUCCUUUCGACCUCCCCGCUGCGUACGAAUCAGAUUUUGCGGACGCGCCGCCGUGCAGCAGCCUCAAGGCGACAGUGUCUGUGGAUCUGCCAUCCAGCGCGCGCGAAGUGUGCCUCCCGGCUGCGACCAACAGCGAGGGUUUCUUCGGCGCGGGCGCGCCGCCGCCGUUCGACAGGGCAGCGCCUCGCGUGUCGGCCUCGCACCGCGCGUCCUUCACUGCGAGCGCCCUGUGCGGCGCGGCUGGAGGCGCGGCACUGGCCGCCCACCCGAGUCGCAGCACCGUCCUGCGCGGCGGCUGGCACGACGCGACUGCGCGCUGGAUGGGGCCACAGCUCUGCGCGGAAGGCGCGGGGGGGCCGCCGCGCAAGGCGGCCGACGCCUGCCUGCCCGGCUCGCUGAGCACGCGAGGCAGCGGCGUUUCGGCUUGCCACGAGAGGUUCGGCAGCCGCACGCCCGUGGGGGUUAUCGGAAGCGCGUGUGCAGACCUCCACCCUGGGGGCGUGCCAGAGUUUGACGCCGCCGCGUCAACCUCUGGCACUGCCGGCGCCCCCUUGGCGGAGGUUGACGACGGUGGGGAAGGCGAGGAUGAGGACACGACGGGUGCGGGCGCGGCGAGCGCCAGUCCCGCACAGGCGGCAGCGCCCAGCGGCGGGGGGAAGGCGCGCUGGCGCGAGCUGUCCCCCCACUCGCUGCGGGCGGCUUCGGGCCGCGAGGCUGGAGCCUGCGGGUUCCGGCGGGGCAGACCCAUGAAGCGAGGAGGCCUGCGGCGCGCGGAGUCGCCCGAGCGAGACCUCUCCGCGGAGGCGGCCUGUGCCGCACAAGGACGGAGGUCGAUCGAGCCAAGCAUCAUUCCAGCGGUGACGCCCGUCAAUCGGCUGCUCUGCCGCGAGCCCGGAAACGCCGGUCGACGAAGCGGCUCCGGGAUGCUCAGUGCGAGGCUGGGGCGGCAGGGUUCCUCCGGGGGCCCGGGGGAGGAAGAGGGGGGGGGAGGAAGGGAGGGAGCUUCGAAUGACCGUGGCUGA